AUUUCACAGAUUUGCGGAAAAUAUCGAAGCAUUAUUUAUGAAGAUAUUUCUGAUAAAUCUUAACUUAAAUAUGAUCUGUGGCAGUUUAGCUGGUGUACAAGUAUAUAUCAACUUUUCUUUUUUAUAUUACAAAUAAUUUUGAAUGAAGAUUUUUAUUAUACAUAUUUUAACGACAAAAAAUUAUGAAAGAAAAAUAAUUUCCAGUGUCCAUCUUCAUAAUCAGGUUAAAUUUGACCAGUGUAACAACCAAAAAAAAAAGAAAAAUAAGUUAAAUGUUCAUUUCAGGUGUUAAUGAAUUUAGAGAGAAACGCAAGUGACAUCUCCGUGCCUAUAAUUAUCUAUACUGCACAAUUCAUCCAUUUGUUUCUUCAUUUCUGGAACGCACAAUUUUUACUUGACUAUAGCGUUCUGCCAUAUAGAUCUAUCUGCAGAGCGAAUUGGUAUUAUACUUCGCAAAAAUGUCAAAAACUCCUUCUCCUGAUCAUGAACAGAACGACGAUACCAUGCAAAAUCACCGCCGGCAAAAUAGUGAUUCUAUCUAUUGAAAGCUUCACUACGGUUUUAAAAACGUCUAUAUCUUAUCUCACUAUGUUUCGUUCUCUCCAGUGAUGAUUUGGCGCAUGAAUAAUUUAUUCAAAACUGUCUAAAUUGAAAUACAU